CAGGCUUUUAUUAUCAGGGAUAAUAAACUACUUUGUCUGAGACUCUGGUUUAUUAUUUUAGUAUCUCUUGCUGAGAAGGAGGAGCUACAAAUUCAUCUAGUAUAACAGAAUGAUCGAUUUGGUUUUCUGAACACCGAAAGUGCUGUGUUCCUCUUCGUAGUCAUGGUAAACACAGCACCGGAAACAGCUGUUACUAAGUAAAGAAAAACCAAACAUCGGAAAGAGCGCCAGAGUUAACGAGGGGCAUCUGUACAGUUUAGCAGUUCACAUGAUCUAAAGGACUCGGCUUAUUUUACAAUGAGUGAUCCUGACCUCCAGCCUCUCAUCGCUGCUAUUGCAAACAAGUCGGAACAAACAGUUCCACAAGUUCUUUUAAAAUUAAAAGAUAUUUUAGGUAGAAAAUCUGUAGAAGAUGACAGAGACCUGGUGAAGCUUAAACAAGAUCUGCAUUCUUACGGUAUACUCCAGUACUGCUCCGCAGCACUGAACUAUGAUUAUGAGAACAUUCAAGGAGGCUACUCAUGUGUUGCGCAAAUGGCCGAAAUUCUCAGCUCGUGCUGUGUGGGUUUCCAUCCUGUUAGAAACAAGGAGGCAUUUCAGAAUGAAUUCCUCCCUUCUGCUGCCGACAGCUUGAUCUCUCUGGCAAAUCGCUUAAUGGACAAAGCUGUGGAGGACAAAGGAAAGGCUGGUAGCAUUCGCCUCUUUCAGAAAGUAAUGGAUUCCAUUAGCUGGCUUUUGAAGGGACACAAUGAGUUAAUCCCACACGUUCUACAGUCUAAACAAUAUGAAGAGAUACAGCUUUCAGAGAAUGAGGAAAUCGGUGUGAUAUCUCUGACACUGUUGCAAAAUCUCAUUCAGGCAAACAGUGCAUUCUUAAGUGACAUCCGCCAUAGAGCUUUGAAAGGCAUUUUGGACGACAUCGUCUACAAGCUGGGCUGCAGCUCCAGCCCUGCAGCUGGGAGAGCGGCCGCAAGGACGCUGCUCUCAUUGGCCCGCAGCCAGAGCUCCAUCGCGGAGGUCAUCCCGGAACAGUACCAAGGUUUGGACUCCCUGUUGAAGAAUGAUUGGAUUGGAAAAGGCUUCGAUGCAGAGGUUCUGCAGCUUAUUGACCUUCUGUAUCCUGGGGUCAGAACACGAGAGCCAGCUCAGGACUUGUCGGAAGAGAAAGUCAGGGCAGCAUGUGUGAUCCAAGCAGGUUGGAGGGCCUUCCAGAUACGGAAAAGAAUGAAAAAACUCCCAAAAGCCGUCAGCGUCCUUCAGAGAAGCUUCCGAGAGCGCAGGUGGCUCCAGGCGACGCAGGCCCAGAGGCGAAGGGCGGAGGAGGAGCUGAAGCACCAGGUGCUCCUCCGCAGACAGAGAGCGCUGCGCGAGUUCCGGCAGCGCCAGCUCCUCCUGCUGGAGAUAGUGCCUGCAGGUCAGGUGGACCGCUUCCUGGGUGACCUGGAUAUGAGGGCCGCAGUGAUGAUCCAGAAGGUCUGGAGGGGGCACAGAGAGAGGCGCAACUUCCAGCAGCAGAAACAGGAACUCAGACAGUUCAAGGCUGCGGUCGCCAUCCAAAGAGCGGUCCUUCGGUUUCUGAAACGUCAGAGGGUGAAAAGGCACAGGUUGUCUCCUUGGAAGGGUCCCAGAGGUCUGACGGAUGCCAGAAGAACAGAGCUUAAGAAACAAGUGGAUGACUACAUCGCUCUUCAUCCUCGUCACGCGGUGUCGGCGGAGGGCUGCAGGGAGCUCCACCAGAGGGCCCAGGAGAUGCUGCGGCAGCACCUGAUGAGGAGGGACGCGGACCGGAGGGCGGAGCAGCACAGACAGGCCCUCCUGGCGCAGAUCAACACCGACCUGGAGCUACUGACAAGUGCUCCCGCUCUGCGGGAGGCUACAGGGGCAGAGUCGAGCGUGUUCCUGAGCAGGUCGGCUCCUGUGGCCAUGCGAGCCAGACAGUCCCACAAUGCCCUGCUUCAGGCUGCCCGCUGCCCCUGGUGGAAGAGGCUCGGGGAUGAGCCCUCGGAUCCCGAAUCGGUGCACAAAGACAGCGUAGACGUAGACCUUCAGAGAUUAUACUUGGGUGGAAGUUGAACACACUAUCAGUUUAGCAUUUCACUAGAAUACAUACAGCAAUAAUACAGCAGUAGGUGCCAUUAGAUCUAGUAAGACUGGUGACUUUGAAAGACAUUCCUACACAAUCAGGACUGCACUUAUUAUACAUGCUGUCUGAAGGAGCCUACUGUGAUUGCAGCAUCUUUGUACUUAAGCUUCAUUUGUUUAUGUUUUUGGGAAUUAUGUAUUUAAUAUUUAUAUCUGAUAUAUUUUUUCUAGAUUACCUGCAUUGUUACAGAAUUUAUUAAAAAUUUUUGCUUUGUGGUUCCGCAUCCUGUCUGUGAAGUUUUACUUCUGUGCCAAUGUUUUUUUUGCCUUUCUUGUUGUAUGUACUGUACAGCACUUUGUUGGCAAAGUAGCCCUGGAUACAGCGAAAUGCACGAGGCAGUGAAUGCCUGCAAUCAAUAAAAGGUCUUUCAUUUCGGGGAGACUAAUCUAC